AUGAAAAGUUAUUUUCCUUGCUGGAUAUUUCUUGACAGACUCAAUUACUGUCAAUAUCUGUUCAUCUGUACAGUCAAUCAAGCGGUUAAUAGUCCAUCAGAUUACACACAUAACAAGAAAAUGGGUCCUCCAAGUGCUAAAGCUUACAUGGGAUGGUGGGGUCACAUUGGCUCCCCAGCUCAAAAAGGUAUUACCUCCUACUCCGUCUCCCCAUAUGUGCAAAAACCACUCGCUGGAACUCUCCACAACGCCUUUUUCAAUACCUUCAGAAGAGUGAAGAGUCAGUUUCUUUACGUUGCUAUACCUGCAGGCAUUUACUGGGCGUGGUGGGUGAAUGCGGAAGAGUACAACGAGUACUUGUACACCAAAGCGGGCAGAGAGGAGUUGGAAAGAGUGAAUGUUUGA